GAGACAGAAAAAUUGGUGAACAUUUAAAACACAUUUAAAAAAAAUAGAGCCAGGAUUUUUGUACCGAACAAAGCAUUUUCCUUUUCUACUGAUAUUGUAAAUUAAAAUUUAAGAGCGAAAAUUUUAGAAAUCAUGAUCUGGGUGGGCAAAGUUUGCGAAAUUGGGGGAAAUAGUGGUUGUUUUGAUGUUUUGGAAGUGAUCGGCUUUCUAAGUAGCGAAGUGCGAGAAUUCUGAGGUUUCUCCAAUAAGAUCAGUGGUCCAGUUGUAGCGGUUUUAUGAAUUGCAGGAAAGGGUGGGGCUUCCGAGCUUCUUGUUGAUUUCCCUUUCAAUUUCAUCCAGAUAUGCGAUUUCCUGGACAAUUAAACAAAUUUCGACAAGGCAGGGAAUAGGUGCUACGUGACACUAGUUUCAAUUGCAAUUGAAGUGGCUCCUGCAGCUUGAGGUUUCCCUCUUGUUUUUGCGUUUCAAGAGAAAAAGAAAAAUGCCUCGGGAGAUCAUAACACUGCAAGUGGGGCAAUGUGGAAACCAGAUCGGUAUGGAGUUCUGGAAGCAGCUCUGCCUUGAACACGGCAUCAGCAAAGAAGGCAUUCUUGAAGAUUUUGCCACACAGGGAGGUGAUAGAAAAGAUGUGUUCUUUUAUCAAGCAGAUGAUGAACACUACAUUCCACGAGCUCUUUUGAUGGAUUUGGAGCCUAGAGUUAUAAAUGGCAUUCAAAACAGUGACUACCGAAAUCUUUAUAAUCAUGAAAACAUAUAUUUAUCUGAUCAUGGAGGAGGAGCAGGAAAUAACUGGGCAAGCGGAUAUCACCAGGGGGAACAGGUGGAAGAGGACAUAAUGGACAUGAUUGACAGGGAAGCAGAUGGAAGUGACAGCCUUGAAGGGUUUGUUCUUUGUCAUUCAAUAGCUGGAGGGACUGGUUCAGGAAUGGGGUCCUAUCUUUUAGAAGCUUUGAAUGAUCGAUACAGCAAAAAGCUAGUACAGACAUACAGUGUCUUUCCAAACCAGAUGGAAACCAGUGAUGUUGUUGUUCAGCCUUACAAUUCUCUUUUGACUCUCAAGAGACUUACCCUUAAUGCGGACUGUGUUGUGGUACUUGACAAUACUGCUUUGAAUAGAAUUGCUGUGGAUCGCCUCCAUAUACAAAACCCAACAUUUGCACAAACAAACUCAUUGGUAUCAACAGUGAUGUCUGCUAGCACGACGACGCUUCGCUACCCAGGGUAUAUGAAUAAUGAUCUAGUUGGAUUGGUUGCAUCUUUGAUACCAACUCCAAGAUGCCACUUUUUAAUGACAGGGUACACACCCCUUACGGUUGAGCGGCAGGCCAAUGCUAUUCGCAAGACAACUGUACUUGAUGUUAUGAGAAGGCUUUUGCAGGCCAAAAACAUCAUGGUUUCUUCCUAUGCUCGUACAAAGGAAGCAAGCCAAGCAAAAUAUAUAUCUAUCCUGAAUAUAAUUCAAGGGGAAGUUGAUCCCACACAGGUACAUAAAAGUCUUCAGAGAAUACGUGAAAGGAAACUUGCUAACUUUAUUGAAUGGGGCCCAGCAAGUAUUCAGGUUGCUUUAUCAAGAAAAUCUCCUUAUGUACAAACUUCUCAUAGGGUUAGUGGUCUUAUGCUGGCAAGCCACACAAGCAUUCGGCAUCUCUUUAGCAAGUGUCUAAGCCAAUAUGAGAAGUUGAGGAAGAAACAAGCCUUUCUGGACAACUAUCGGAAGUUCCCUAUGUUUGCUGACAAUGAUCUGUCAGAGUUUGAUGAAUCACGAGAAAUAGUGCAGAGCUUAGUGGAUGAAUACAAAGCUUGCGAGUCACCAGAUUAUAUUAAAUGGGGCAUGGAGGAUCGAAAUCGAACAUUGACAGGAGAUGGAAGCUCAACGGGAACACUGGACUCAAGACUAGCCAUGUAGAACUGUUCAAAACGUACUAAUGUAGAAGUUGAUUCAAUAUGUGAACGAGCAAUUGUAUAAGCUGUGGCAUCAAUGACAUUUUGCACUGACCGAGUUCAACUCUACAUCACUAAAUUGUCACAUUUCAGGACUUAAGAUUUUGGAAAUGGUUUGAAGUUUUGAUAUGGGUUUGUCCAGAUAUGAGAACUUAUUUUCAAUCGUUUUUGCCUUGAUAGAAUGUAAAAUGAAAUGAGAAUGGAUUGCAGGAAUUGUAUAACUACUUACAAAGGAUUUUUGAGUGCUUAAAGAUGGUUGCUAAAUUUCUGUUUGGUAUCUAUAUUUGAGUCACUCGGGAAAUCUAGACCAAUGGCGGCUUUCAGAAAGUUUCCUUGGUAUCAAUGUUCUCAUACAGUAAGAUCUAUUUUAAAGCUUUAGUGUGUAAAUAUGAAGCAUUGAAAUUUGUUGAGCA